AUGGACGUCGACGCGCUACGACUCGAGGUCCCUCGAGCCGUGGCGUCUUGCAUCCUGGGAUUGCAUGGCGCUGCCAAGCGAGAGCUGGAGGCAGCGACAGGCGCUUCGGUGCAAGUUCAUGUGGCGGAGGGCCGAUUGGAGCUGGCUGGCAAGGCCGCAGCGGUGCAGGCGGCACAACAGCUUUUGGCCGAAAGGGUUUGCUAUGUGGCCUACGAGGUGCCGCGGGAAAUCGCCAGUGCAGUGUUGGGGGAGCGUGGCCAGACGCGGCAGGAGCUGGAGAAAGCUUCUGGUGCACACAUUUGGGUGGAGCUGCGCGACUCGGGCCUCUCAUUUGUGCAGCUGGCCGGCUCUGGGGUCUCUGUGGCCCAGGCCACGUCAGCCUUGGAUGCCCGCUUCUUCCAGGACUCCAUCGACCUUCCUCUCUUCGCAGAGCGCCGUGGGAAGGAGAUCGUUCGCCAGCUGCGCGAGACCAUUGCACGUGAAGGGCGCUCGCAAGACUGCCGCCUGCAUUUGGAAAGGAUGCCCAACCACUGCUGUGUGAAGUUCACCGGGAGCCGUGAGAUUGUGGCCAAGGCAAAGUCGUUGGUUGAGGGGGCCAUUGCCUUUACUGAGCUGGCCGUCUCGAAGGCAGAAGCACUUCAAGUCAUUGGCAAGGGCGGCUCCAGGAUCAAGUUGCUACGGGAGAAGACUGGAGCGCAUCUGGAAGUGGUUCUUGACAGAGACCCAUGCCUGGUCCAGAUUGCGGGAUCGCCGCAGGCAUUGUCACUUGCCAAGGAGGAGUUGAGGGCGGAUGCACCUGGCGCCAGCCCAGCUCCAUCCACUGGAGACAAGUCGGUGCGGAUGCCAACAGCAGUGGCCAUGGAUACCACUGAGGCCGUCAUCGCAAGCCCUGCCCAGAACUCUACCAGUGCUGUGCAGCAGUUGGCUUCCACGCCCAAACAUCAGAAGGUGCUGAUCGAUGGUUUGGAUGUGCUCCGCUUUCGCAACGCUUCGGGCUCUGGAGCGGCCCCGGAGGUCUCUUGGCCUCAACUCUUUUCUGCCGCCGCCUUCUUCGCCUUGAAGGCACACGAAAUCCAGAUUUUCCUGCCAUUGGCCGAGCUCGACCCACAGCAGUGUGACCGGCUCCGUGCAACUUUCGGCACGGAGGCCGUGGUAAAGGCCGACGCCUCGCGGUCGUUGAUCCUCUCCGCAGCCGAAGUGCUGACGAGCACGGGCAAGCGAUGCGUCAUUGUCAGCAAUGCGACAGGAGGAGCUUUUGACGAUGCAUGGGUGCAAGAUCUUCGUGUGGGAUACGCCUUCUUGGAUGCAGACACCUUCGUGCCAGCCUGGCCGAGCGCAGCGCCGGCGAUGGCCGAGAAGACCGCCAAAGGUUUCUUCCACAAACGCUCCAUGUUCGUCGGAGGCAUCAUGGAGAAGAAAGAGCGAUGCAUUGACUGCACUCGUCCUGUUUGGGACGGCCAUGCCUCAAUGAAAUGUUCGAAGUGCCGAACGCCGGGUGGAGCAGGCCCCAAGCUUCACAUCGAUGCGGAGGCAGCAAAGAGAGUGAUCCUCCACACCACAGGCGUGCCAGAGCCGAAACUUUCGCAGGAUGCUGCAGCAAGCAAUCCCGUCAUCAGCAGCGACUCAGAGGAUAAAAAAGACGGCGCCAGCAAGCCCAUCAAGGCAGACAAGAAAGAGAAGAAGCUCAAAAAGCUCAAAAAAGUCAAGAAGGAGAAGAAAGAUAAAAAGAAAAAGAAGAAGGACAAGGAUGACACGAGCAGCUGA